AUGGGUACAAUGAUCAUUGAAGAUGUGGCUGUGGUCUUCACCCACGAAGAGUGGGAUUUGCUGGAUCCUGCUCAGAGGAAACUCUACAGAGACGUGAUGAUGGAAACCUUGAGAAACCUGGUGUCAGUUGGUGCAAUCAAGAAAUCACAUGGCUGGAAGGAUCACCUUGACAACCAGGGGAGACAUUUGAGAACUGGUGCAAUCGAGAACCUGGGUGAAUGUUCUGAAGGCAACCAGUGUGGGAAAACCUCCAGCCCAAUUCCUAGUCUUUCUGUGCACCAAGUAGAUCCCACAGAAGUAGAUUCUUUUAAAUGUUGUGAGUAUGGAAGAGCCUUCCUGGAUCAUUCCCUAGAGAACAAUCGUAGUAGAGCUUACACUGGAAGCAAUACCUGUCAGUGUCCGGACUGUGGAGAAGACUGCAGGUGUCCUUCUCACCUGAUCAAGCCUGUGAGAACUCAUGAUGGGAAAAAUACCCAUAAAUGUGAUAUAUGUGGGAAAGGCUUCCUUUGUAUGUCGACCCUCAAGAAUCCUGUGUCAGUAAUCACCAGUAUUGAAGGGUAUGAAUUCAGCAACUGGAUGGAAAUUUUCUGUAGUUUCUCACCAGUUAAGACACCUUUGGAAGGUCAUCAAUCCAAAUAUAAAGAAUGUUUUAGAAUGCAUACUAGUCCUUCAUCUCUCAUUUUAAACAAUAACUCUCAUAGGAGAGAGAAGUCUUCCGAAUGUAAGAAAGCAAUUCCUGAGGCUUCCUCCCUCACUCAACAUGUAAGUAGUCACUGUGGAGAGAUGCCUUAUGAAUGUAAAGAGUGUGGGAAAACUUUUAGAGAUUCCUCAGACCUGACUGCACAUAGAAGAAUCCACAGUGGAGAGAGGCCCUAUGAAUAUACUGAGUGUGGGAAAGCCUCUGGUGAGGUGUCACUCCUCCCUGGACAUAUAGGAACUCACAGCAGACAGAGGCCUUUUGAAUGUAAAGAAUGUGGAAAAGCCUUUAGGGAUUCCUCACAGCACAGUGGACAUUUGCAAACUCACAGGGGAGACAGGCUCUAUGAAUAUGAGCAUCAGUUGGUCUUGGAUAAGGCUCAGGAAGAAGUUCAGCAGCUUCACAAUGAAAAUCCAAAUGAUACUGCUGACCUGGCUGCAGCUAUUCCCUUAACCAAACCACACUGGAACCUGAAUGAUGGUGGCCUUCCUUUAUUAAACCACUACAAGAAGUGUAUUCUGGAAGGAAUGAAGAAGGGAGUCCCCAAACAGAAGAGCCUGAAUAUGACCCCUGACAAUGUAUGUAUGAUUAACACAACUUUCAUUUCUCAAAGUACUCUAGACAUUCAGAAGAAACUCCAGAAGUUGGAUGGAGUGGUAGGAAUGAAUCCUUCUCAGUUAGUAGAUAUUGCCUUUAAAGUCUUCAACAACCAAGAGCAUAGGAAGGCUCAGGCAGUAACCUGA